CCUCGUUUUAUUCUACUUCAUUUUCAACUCAAAACUCAACCUCUCCAAUGGCUCACUUGCUCUCUCCUGUUUGUACGGAAACCAUCAAACUCCAAUCUCAACCUCCCAUUCUUCUAACUCCAUGGCGUUCUCUUCCUAAGCCUUCCGCCGCUAUUGGCCGCGGCCCUGCCAGACGGAACUGCAGCAGUUUGAAGGUCGCCGCAAGGGAUUCGGCAUCAACGGAGUCCGUUGCCGAUGAUUAUUAUGCUGUUUUAGGAUUGCUUCCAGAUGCCAGCCCAGAACAGAUUAAGAAGGCCUAUUAUAAUUGUAUGAAAGAGUGCCAUCCAGAUUUGAGUGGUGAUGAUCAAGAUACCACGAAUUUCUGUAUGUUCAUCAAUGAAGUCUAUGAGGUGCUUAGUGACCCAGUCCAGCGGUUGGUUUAUGAUGAAAUUCAUGGAUAUGCUUUGACUGCAAUUAACCCUUUUAUAGACGAUUCAAGCACAAAGGAUCUUGCUUUUGUUGAUGAAUUCAGCUGUAUAGGCUGCAAAAAUUGUGCCAAUGUGGCCCCCGAUGUCUUUGGAAUAGAAGAAGAUUUCGGACGAGCUCGUGUGUACAGCCAGUGUGGAAAUCAACAACGAGUCCAAGAAGCAAUUGAUAGUUGUCCAGUCGAUUGCAUCCAUUGGACUUCAGCUGCACAAUUAUCUCUGCUCGAAGAUGAAAUGCGCAGGGUCGAAAGAGUGAACGUUGCAUUUAUGCUGUCCGGAAUGGGAUCAUCAGCUGUGGAUGUUUUUAGAUUGGCAAGUUCUCGAUGGGAAAAGAGGCAAGCAAAAGUCUUGGAAAAAGCAAAAGUGAGGAUGAUGAAAAAGAAGAAGAAUUCUGAUACCGAUGAUUCAUACUGGAGCAAUCUUUGGGGUAGGCCUAAAGAUCAAAGAAAUUCAGAAGAGGAAACAAAUGAACGAGCAAAGAGAGCUGCAGCUGCUGCUCGUCGAUGGAGAGAAUACUCUAGACGGGGUGUUGACAAACCUCCUACUUUCAAACUUCCCGAGUCAAUCUCCAGCAACGAUAACUGACUGACUAGGUAAAUAUUAAGUUAUAUAUAUACAUAAUAUAUAUUCGUAAGCUUUAAUUAUAGUCGUACAUAAUUAGUUAUAUAUCAUUUCAUUAAAAAAAAAAUCCCAUUUCCUCCAUCGUUUGUAACUAUAAAACUAAAAAAAAAAAAUCAAAAUCAAAUCAUCACCAUUUGAGCUUGCAAGGCUCAAUUGCUGCACGGGAUCAAAUCCCGUUUUGUGUAAUUAUUUGUAAAAACAUUUAUAGACGAACUGAUUCAUGGGAAGCGGUGGGAUUUAUUAUUUUCUUCA